UUAAAGUAACCUUUGCUGUGUCAUAUUGAAGGUCAAUGUGUACCUUUCUUUCAAUUAGAUCUGAAGAACAAGCCUUAUUUGAUGGCAUCUUCAUUGCAAAAGAUGAUGAAGUAGAAAGAUUUGUGGAUUACAUUCAUUCCAACACCAACCAUGUCUCUGGAAGAGGUGUCUGUGGAGGGGAGUGGUCAGCUGCCAGGGAAACUUCUCAGAGAUCCUCUAGUAAAAUUGAUGAGGAGGGACUUGAGCUUGCGGUCUGUCGACAUGGAGUUUUUCUCGGCGCUCUCAACAUGUUCAGGGGAGAAAUAUAUGCUUAUCCCCUCUACCUGCAGAACAAGCUGGCAAAUAAGUCAAUAAGCUUUUUUGCCAUGGAUGUAACCUGCAAGUACUGGCCCUACCUCCACAAAGUGACAAAAAGCUGCCCGGAGCUCCAGCACCUUCUGAGCAUGAAACCAUUCCUCUCAGUGUUUCAUGCCAAAGCCCAUGAUUUUAAAUGCGAGGUUAAAUGGAGUGGAGCUUACCAGCAAGGGGCCGGAUUGACACUUGGGGAGGAGGUUGAGCAGUGUAACGCCUUCCUCUCUAGGAUUGCUGUGACCACAAAGCACAUGUCCAAAGCAGGACGUACAGACAUGCUUACACUGAUGGCCAUGCGCUGGAAUCAGCAAAAGUUUAAUAACUUGGCUGCUUCACUUGCCUGCCGAUAUCAGAAGGCCGCAAAACGCCUGGAAAGCCAACUUCAGGAUCUGGAAAGCAUGAAAAUCCAGCUGGCAGUGACACAGGUUGAAGUUGAGGGCUGGGUCACUGAUAUUAAGGAGUGGGCAGAAGGUGAUAGUUAUACUAUUAUUUCAAUGUCUCAGUUCUGCAGAAUAAUGGGAGACAUGCUUCUGCAAGUAAUUACUGUUUUAAAAUGAAAUCAUACAUACACUGUUUUCUUGGUCAUUUACUUGUGCAGUUAAAAUGCCAAAUUUUAGUAUGUAGUGCAUGCACACUGGAAAUCAUGUCAAAACAAAGUGCCCUGAAAGUACCUGAAUGGUGCACAGUCCAAAAGUUGGAACAUUGGACAUUUCGGUGACAUUCAACACUUUAUUUUAAGGUGUCCUUUUAAGAUUGUAAUUAUACAUUUAAAUACGGAGUAAUAUUAAUUAACUACAUGUACUUACUAUAGGAUUAGGGUAGGAUUAGGAUUUGGUUGAGGGUUAGUUACAUGUAAUUAUGCAUAAUUUAUUGUUAUUACUAUUUUAAGUUCAUGUAACAUAUGUAACAAGGACACCGUAAAAUAAAGUGUUUCCGACAUUUCUUGCAGUUAGCGGAUCCCAUCUUGGCUACGUUGUCAUUUUCUUUGGUACCCUGUUACAUACUUCCUAUACAUGCUAAUAAAUAUGAAAUGAAUAUUGAGACUCACCUGUCCUUCCUCCAGGAGCUUUUUUUUAUAAAGAAAAAAAAAGCAGCAAAGAGGUUAAGGUAAUCCUUAUGACUUCCCUGUGGCGUUCUGUGUUACACUGAGACUUAGCUCGUUUCAGUUACUGCCAUGAAAAUGUAAGUGAAAUGUUUACACUUCUUUUCUUCUCAGCAACAACGUCCCAAAAGAAUGCCGAUCUUGACGCGGUGACCAGUAGAAUGGAGGUGCUGGUGGCCAGCAUUAAAAGAAGGUCCCAGCGCCUUUACAAAGACACCGAUGGCAGCAAAGGUCGGAAAGAAAGAAUCGUCUUUGACAUCAUUCUCUCUGACGAGACAGUUUGGCCAUGGCAACUUUCACAUGGUGACGCUGUAGAUUUGAAAAUCAAGAGGAAGGCGUUUGAUGUUGUGAUGGCAAUAAGGAGACUUGAGGAGGAGAAGAAGAUUGUUCUUUCUGAGAUGGCAAAGCAUUGGAAAUCUCUCUCCACUCGUGCAGACACACUCAAGGAGAUGUCAUCCCAGCUUUCCAGUGAGGCAUUGCAAAGUGAGCUGUGGGCUCUAAAUGAAGAAGGGAUCGAGGGUUUCCUCAGCUUAACUUUGAGAAAGAAGCAAGAAGUCACCAGAAUGAUGAAGCAUGCAAGAGACUGCUAUGCUCAAGUUUUUGAUCAUAUUCAGUGAAAUCGACACUAUAAUCGCCCUAUUUCUGAUACCGUGGGGGGCAGAAAUGUUCAGUAGCACCUCAAUGCAGUACAUGAGAUCCACGGGGAGGAGUCGGAUCAAGAUCCAAGGGGUGGAGAUGGGUAGGAUUAGGGUUGGGUUUAGG